AUGGCCUCCAAGCUUUCACUUGCCUUUCUUCUUCUUGUGUUUCUGUCAAUCCUUUCACAACCUACUAUUUCAAUAGCUGUGCAAACAAACCAUCAUGAUCAUGGGUUGAAUGUUGGGAUGAUCUCAAGUCCCCUAUCCAACAAGGGUUUACACAGCCAUGUCCUUAAUUCUCAAACAAACCCUCUCACUUUGAUACUUUCUAAAGUUACCCACAAUACCACAAUCACUAUAUUUUGCCCUCUUGAUAAGGAUUUCUUGUCUUCCAAUUACCUGCAGCCACCAUUCACUCUCCUUCAGUACCACGUUGCAUCGCUAAAGCUUGAUAGGGAGGCUCGUCAGUCGACUGUUCCAUACGAAUCCAAGUUUGAUAAUCUCCUUCCCCAACGCCCAUUUGUAGUUACUACAACACGCCAUCAUAGCGAUCGCACUUCCAUUAAUGGAGUCAAGGUCACAUAUUGGGAUAUCUAUAACGAUGGACAUGUGAUCGUUCAUAGGGUGGAGGACUUCUUUGAUCUUGCAAUCCAGACCCUUCUAUAUCCUUGGUACAACGGUAGGCUCACAAAGAAUGAGAAUGAGAACAGAACUGGAAAGGAUUCAAAUAUAGAGUUGGGCAGGCUUUCUUCGAUGAAAGAGAUGAUGAUGAUGGAGUAG